CAUCAGUGCAUGUGUGUAUGUGUGAGAGAGCAGCACAGUGAGAGAGACGAGUGUGUGUAAGGAGUGUGUGAGCGCGAAGCACCGGGGAUCCUGAGCCUGGAGGGGAGCUGUGUGACAAGAGGGGGGCUCUUCUGCCUGUGGAUGUAUGUGCCAGGACAGCGUUUUCUUUCUUUCUUUUUUUUUUCUUCACCGUACAUGUGCGUGAAUGUGUGUGUGAGAGACAGGGAGUGUGGGCAUGCCAGUGUGCGUGUGUGUAACAGUGUCGUCGAUCAGCAACGGGCUCUUCGCAUUAUGCAGCCGACGGUGCUCAUCACACUUUGAGGACUGACUCAUCUAGACUGGGCUGUGGAGACAGAAGAGACGAAACAGAGAGAAAAAGACAGAUGGAUGGAGAGACAGGAAGACAGUUUUAGGCUCUUGAUGCUUUGGGUCCCUCUAGACUGUCCAAAGGUCUAGUCCAUUUGUGGGACGCCAGUAGCUUCACACCAGCCCCCCUUAUUCCCCCUCAAAUUGGAAUUGCAGACACAUAGCCAGACAGGUAGCCAAAAUCGCAAAAAAAAAAAAAAGAAAAAACCUAAAAGGAAAAUAAAUCCCCAGUCGUUGUGUGACUUGAAGGAAGGUUUUCAAUUCUGCUCCACGGAGUAGGACAAGAGGGUCUCCGGUGUCUGCGAGGUCUUUUUUCGCUUGACGGGGGGUUGCAGGAUCCUAUCCCGGCGCCAAGGGGGGAGAUAAGAGGCUGGCAGACGAGACGGGACAGACACAGGCAUGGCUCGCCUCAACUGGUGCCUGGCUGCCGUCAUCAGCUGGGGCAAGUUCCUCUUCUCCUGCUUCUUUCCUCUGCGGGGGGCCAAGCGAGACAAGCCCGACGAGCUGGAGGGCAUCCACACACACACCUUCAAGCUGAAGCCAUUUAAGAAGGCCAAGAGCUGUGAUAUAUGCAAGCAGGCCAUCACCAAGGAGGGCCUCAUCUGCAAAGCAUGCCGGUUGUCCUGCCAUAAAAAAUGUGAAGUGAAGGUCACCACAUCAUGUCAAACAACUACCAACUAUGAGCUGCCUCCCACUCCUCAGCUGCCAUUAAAGCAUGUAGAUACACCGGGAUCUACGAGGUCCUGCAAGAGUGUGGAGAUAAGGCGAAAACAGUCGCGGAGUCAGAGUGUAGUUCAGGCCAUGGAGGAGAACUAUGAGGUGGACCUGGUCUACAUCACAGAGAGGAUCAUCUCUGUCUGCUUCCCCGCCAGCGCAGAGGAACGCAGCUACACCACCAACCUCAAGGAGGUGGCGACGAUGCUGCGGUCCAAACAUGGCGAGCACUAUCUGAUUCUCAACCUCAGCGAUUGGAGAACUGACUUAUCAAAAUUAAACCCCAAGGUUCUGGAGUUUGGCUGGCCAGACCACCAUGCACCUGCGCUGGACAAGAUCUGCAGCAUGUGCAAGGCUAUCGACACGUGGCUCAAUGGAGACGCGCGCAAUGUAGUGGUUCUGCACAACAAGGGGAACCGAGGUCGAACAGGGGUGGUGGUGGCUGCGUACAUGCACUACAGCAACAUAUCCGCAAGUGCUGACCAGGCGUUGGACAGGUUUGCCAUGAGGCGUUUCUAUGAGGACAAAGCACUUCCAGUUGGCCAGCCAUCACAGAUACGGUAUGUGCGGUACUUCAACGGCCUUCUUUCCGGACACAUCAAAAUUAAUAACAAGCCUCUGUUCCUGCAUCAUGUCAUCAUGCACGGCAUACCCAACUUUGAGUCCAAAGGAGGCUGCCGUCCUUUCCUGAAGAUCUACCAGGCAAUGCAACCAGUCUAUACAUCAGGAAUAUACAAUGUCCAAGGAGACAGCAACACCAGUAUCUGCAUCACUAUUGAGCCCGGCCUGCUUCUGAAGGGAGACAUCUUGCUGAAGUGUUACCACAAGAGAUACAGAAACUCCACCAGGGAUGUGAUGUUCAGGGUGCAGUUCCACACCUGCGCCAUCCACGACCUGGGGGUGGUGUUCGGGAAGAAUGAGCUGGAUGAGACCUUCAAAGGUAACGGCUCUCUGGAUGAGAGGUUCCCAGAGUAUGGAAAGGUGGAGUUUGUUUUCUCAUAUGGACCAGAAAAAAUCAGAGGCCUGGGCCACCUGGAGAACGGGCCGAGUGUUUCUGUGGACUACAACACCCAGGAUGCUCUGAUUCGCUGGGACUCAUAUGAGAGCUUCAGCCAGCGCUGUGAGGAGCCUCCGGAUGCCGAGCAUGAUGUUGUUCACACCCAAGGUCCACUUGAUGGAAGCCUAUACGCCCGGGUCCGCAAGAAAGACUCCCUGGAGGGAGUUGUCACCAUCAACGGCCUCCCUGUCCAUGAAAAUCCCUUGACCAAUGCCGAGAACUCGAUACAGCAUCCCAGCCAUCCUCUUCAAACCAAUGACCAGACCCUUCCAGUUACAGGCCACGCCUCCCUCCCUGCUGUCGACCACACCCUCUCCGUGAGCAGCGACUCAGGCAACUCUACUGCUUCCAUCAAGACUGAUCGCACUGAUGAGCACAGCCAGUCCGUGCAGAGCGCCGUGAACCACAACAACCCGACAACAACCCACCCACCACUCAGCCCACAGGAAAAACGAGACCUCGACCAGCUUCUGAGCGGCCUCGAGGCACCGACUCACCAACGACAAGCCUACCUAUCCACGUCCACCAGCCCUGGAGGAGGUGUCAGACACCUGGUCCCAGCACAAGUGCACGUUAACGGGGGCCACACCAAGCUAGUUGGUGCCCCUUCAACAGAGGAGAGGGAGACAGAUAUUCUUGAUGACGAGCUGCCCAAUAGCCAAGAAGGCAACAGUGUGGACAGCUUGGGCACACUCUCAUCCCUAGAGGGCCAAGCGACGCCGGCUGACCUCUACUAUCAAUCACAGACGCCUACAAGCAGGCAGAACGACGGACCCUACCUUGAGAGAGGUGUUCUUGGGGAAAAGUUAAGCGAGAUGCCAGUGCAUGGGGUACGAACACCUACAACGAUGCAAGAAAGGUCUGUGGACUCUGCAUCACCACAGGGGGGAUACAACAACUAUCAGAACGGAGGAGGGAUGUACCGUUCACAGUCAUUUGGGAAUCCGGCAGCCAGCAGCCCAGAGACCAACCCUAAACUGAUGCCCAGGGCGCCAGAGAGGAGCACCAGUAGUCGGGAGGCUGUUCAAAGAGGUCUCAACACCUGGCACCAGCAUAGCCUCCCAGAUGAUCCAUUUGGCCCUCCUCUUCAGUCAACCCAUAGCUUGCCCCACUUUCCUACCCCAGCGUCGCAACGAGACAUUGAGCAGUCCAUUGAGGCACUCAACAUGCUCAUGCUCGACCUGGACCCAAUCAACUCCCACAUGUCCAAGUCUCACAGUGCGCCUCCUGGGGAGAACAGCCUCAAUUCAUCCCAGGCACCCUUCUCCCAGACCCUUGCAAGACCCUCAUACCAAGGAGACUCUGCCAUCCAUGGUUACAGUAACUCUGGGUCUGUCAACAACUCCUUUCAUCAGCCCAAUCGAUCAACUGGGAGAGUCUCAGCGUUGCCCAACCAGAGCCCCGUGAUGGAGUCCCCGAUGUAUUCUCCUCAGAGGUCCAACGCUGGCUACCAACCCCAAAACACCACCCCAACACACACCCCAGAGCCCUACCUCCACACACGCCAAGCAGCCCACCAAUACCCCACAGAUCCCUCCCCUAAUUUCAACCAGCAGGUGCCAGUGAAGCCGGUGAACUCGUACCAAGGCAGCCUGGUUUCCCAUUCCCCAGACCUUCAGGGUUCGUCUCCUUAUCCGGGCUACAGUGCCUCUUCCUCUCCUCUCCCCGCCCUCACCCCACAGCCCAAGGACACGUCUUCUACAUCCUUGCCCAGAGAACAAGAUGCAGAGGAGGAGACGCUAAACUUGGAGGGCCUGGUGGCUCACCGCAUCGCCGAGUACAACGCUCGUAUUCGGGGCAUCAGUGAAAGCAUGACCACACAACAAUCUGACCGCCGUCGCUCCUUUUCCUUCUCUGGGGUUCGCUCCAGAGGAAUGACCCCAGAAGUGACGCAGGAGACGGGCCGGCGUCGGACCACCAGUGAGGGGCAGUACCAGAGCAGCCAUGAUAACACACCGAUGGUGGAUUCGCCGGACUUUGCUCACAAUCUGGCCCUCAACCCAGGAGGAAGACCCAGAGAGGGUCCCAUGCACAGCUACCGUGAGGCGUUUGAGGACAACGAGGCGGACGGGUUUUCGAGCAGUCCCAACUUUGGAGGCGGCGGUGGUGAGAAUUCCCCCCAGACCCCCAGCUUCCCCAUGUCACCACAGACUCCUUACUUCAACAUGUCCCGCUCUCCUCCUGGUCUGACCAAGACUCCUCUGUCAGCGCUGGGACUGAAGCCCCAUCACCAGGGUGGACCAGACUCUGAUUCUAAUGAUGGAGAUCAAGAUAAUCGCAAUUUUGGGGACUCCAGAGCACAAGCGUUCAAUGCUCCUCUCACCUCCAGCAGUCCCAUUUACAGCACUGAUGGAAGGAGGAUUGGUUUUUCAGAUGGUGCCCCGCACAACCCCGCCUCCUCCUACCCUCACAGGCCCGCCUCCCCCGAGGGCUCCCAGGUCAACAUCAUGGGCGUUCAUACCGUCCCCGGCAGCCCCAACACCCUCCACCGCACAGUGGCCACCAACACGCCACCAAGCCCUGCCCUACAGAGACGCCUGGGUCAAGCCAGCCCCUCACUGACCAGACACCCGUCCCCUGGCGUCCCCUCCAGCCCUCUGAUUGGCCGAAACCCUAAAACAGCAGGCGCUGGCGUGCCUCCUAGCCCCCUGAUGGGGCGCCGCAUGGCAGGGAGCAGCUACGGCACGCCUGAUGAGAUUGGAGCUGCUUCACGUCAGGGGAGCACCCAGCCACUGGUGACGCCUGCCUUCCCCGUCUCCCCGCAGCUGCCGGAGAAGAGGCACAUGUCUAGCGGAGACGCAGAGAGGACAGACAACAAGAACCUAACGCCAGUUAGCGGUGGCAGCACGCCAAACCUGUCUGGCACACACACACUCCCAGAUGUAUCAAAGUCCAUAUAUGAUGGUUAUCCAGACAUUAAGAUGAAUGUCAAGUUUGUCCAGGACACGUCCAAGUUCUGGUACAAGCCAGACAUCACCAGAGAGCAAGCCAUCAAUCUGUUGAAGGACAGAGAGCCCGGGGCGUUCAUCAUAAGGGACAGCCAUUCCUUCCGUGGAGCCUACGGCUUGGCCAUGAAGGUGGCCUGCCCACCACCGACCAUCCAACAGAACAAAAAAGUUGGUGACAUGACUAAUGAGCUGGUGAGGCACUUCCUGAUUGAGACGAGCCCCAAAGGCGUCCGUCUGAAGGGUUGUCCCAAUGAGCCCUACUUCGGUUGUCUUUCUGCUCUGGUGUACCAACACUCGAUGACUCCACUGGCUCUGCCCUGCAAGCUGAUGAUCCCCGCCAAAGACCCAAACGAAGAGGCGUUGGAGCUCGCCACACCUACUGAUCCAGUUGUUGAACUUCUGAAGCAAGGAGCAGUUCAGAAAGUUCCUGAGGACGCCCAUGCGUGCAAUGUUCUCUACAUCAACUCUGUGGACAUGGAGUCUCUCACGGGGCCUCAGGCCAUUGCCAAGGCGAUCAGUCAGACUCUGGCGACCAACCCUCUGCCUGCCGCCACUACCGUUCACUUCAAAGUGUCCACACAGGGCAUCACACUCACUGACAGUCAGAGGAAACUUUUCUUCAGGCGACAUUAUCCCAUCAACACGGUAACCUACUGUGACAUUGAUCCCCAGGACAGAAAGUGGGGCAAAGAAGGAGGUGGCUCAGUGAAGCUUUUCGGAUUCGUUGCAAGGAAACAAGGAAGCACAACAGACAAUGUCAGCCACCUGUUCGCUGAGCUGGACCCAGAUCAGCCUGCCUCCGCCAUCGUCAGCUUUGCCUCCAAAAUGAUGAAGCGGUGAAACACCUGACGUCCAAAUGGCAGUGGCCAUUUUGAAAUCUUCCUUCAUCAUUGGUGUCUUUUUUCGCCGGGACUCGGUGAUGUCCUUUUUUUCUGUUUCCUGUUGGUUUGUCUCUGUUUCUCUCUUUCCUUUCUCUCUGCCUUGCUGGUUUGUCUUUUUUGGAAGAGUCUCUAUUUGAAGGAUUUCGGUGUGGAUCCAGAGUGGCGCUAGUGGAUGUGUGGUGUGGAGCUGUGAACGUGACAAACAUGGAGGCCAUCGAAGGGAGAAAAUUUACUAACAGGGGAACCUGUAAUAGAAGAAAAAUGCUCGCUAAAGACUAAAGGAACAAUGCUAAGUUCAGUCGAGGAACAUGUAAGGACUCGUAUGUUUCAGGGUUUUCUGUUGUCGUUUUUGUUGAUUGAUUUACCAAAGGUAGUUGCAAUACAAGUGCAAGAAUGAUGUAGCUAUUAAGCCAUUAUUAUUUCCUCUUUUCAAAAGAUGAAGUGUUGAACAAAAAAGAAACAAAGAAAAGAAAAGAAAUACGGUUUCUUCUUGAACUCGUCUUCAGGAAAAAAGUUGGCCUUGAUGGCUUUUAGCAAAACAGUGUCUGAAGACCUUAUGCAUGUUAGCUUGAUCUUUAAUCUUGGUUCUUCUACCUUCCACAAAAAUCAUUGUGAAAUCCUUAGAGUGGUCAUUUCCGGGUCUGUUGUGUGUUGGAAAGGGCUCUGCAGUGAAACAACGACUGAUCUUAAACUGCGCAUAGCAAACCAGACUCAAAAAAGAGAUUGGAAAAAAAAAAAAAAAAAAAAGAACGCCACGCUAAGGUCACAGCACUUUGUGUCAGUACACACUUGCAUCACCUCCGGUCCAAGCCUGAUAUCUCUCUCUAAAAACUCGCUUAUUGGAUUCCUGAAAUCAGCAAGCUCCUGACAGCAUGGCAGACGGAGAGAGGAAGACUGUUUGUCCACAAGAUGGCGGCACUCAUUCAGGCUUGGACCCUGCCCCCCUUUUCCUCUCCAUCACCAACUGCUUGCAGUAGUGGAUCUGUUGAUAUACGCUGCCACUGAAACACACUGGAAAUCACCAGGGAAUGGCCCAAUGACCUGGACCUAUGCACUGUUCUUUAUGCAUGUUGUUGUCCCAAAUUGCACCCUCCCUCAUAGCUACAUUCAACAUCACUGAAAACAUUCUAUGCUGUGUGCUAAAAAUGACUUAAAAACCUUGGGACACUGAGGUUGUAUGACUUGUCAAAGACUGCAUGAAAUAGACAACAUUUUUUGUACUCUCCUCAGAGUCCUGAAAAGAAGUAGACAAACCCCAUUGUUGAAGUAGUCACAUGAUGGUGAAAUGCUAUAUUUUUACUUUCUUUAUUUUUUGGUCCAUUUGAGCCAGGGUUACCUUUCACUGUACCAAGGACAGUCCGGUCUUUGUUUUUCCUUCCACAGUGUCGUCGAAAUUUACAUUUAGAUACCUUUUAGAGCAAAGGAAAAAAACACACACACACUGUGCGCAAAUGCCUGCUUGUUGAAUACACGCUCAACCAUUCACAAUAAGCUAAGGAAAAUUGAUAUUGAUAUAAAUGUACAUAGAUAUACUACUUUGAAAGGUGACAUAGCGAAAAAGUAUUUAUUUUUGUUGCUUUGGUCCCUCAUGAUUACUCAUAUAUACAUAUAUUGUACAGUCUAGAUAAAGAAGAUUACCUAAUGGGUUGAGAAAAAAAUAUAUACUUAUUUUGGCUAAUGAUUUCAAAGUCUGACGAUUUUGAAAUGUGUUUGAAUAUAUGGUGUACAUUACUUUGUACAUGUAUAUGUUUGUUUUUGGCUCGUCAUGUUUUUCAUUUUUGCGUUCUCUCAGAACGAGGUAGGGCAUGAAUGAGGUAGAAGAAUUGCAUGGACAGAAGCAUUUGAGUGUGUUUCAGCAGCAGGAAACACACUCACAGAAGCAAAUGUAGCUGGUAGACGUUAAGGUAAAGACAUUUUAGAAAAGGGAAGCAGGAAGAAAAGUUCCGAAGCCGACCUCAAAUGCAAUAUGAAAACAGCUGUAUGUACCCAUGACAGUUACAAUUAUAAUUUUGCCAAAGAUUCAAACACUUUACAUCUAUGCUGACUGGCUGCAUGUCGCUUUUUACGUUCAACUCCAUUCUUCACACACCUUGCUCAGCUUUAGCAGCAAAUUUAAGAAAGGUCAACCAGCCGGGACACACAGAAAUGUGUAUUAUUGGUCAUGUAACAGGGGCCCAUACAGCGAGACAUUCAUCUGCAGAUGACAUAAAGCAUGGACUUUUUAUCACUGAUUUGUUUUUACUGGUGUCUCAAAGCUCCAAAAUUGCUCCGUCGCCUGUCCGAGAGAGAGCAGGUCUGCCAUGCCCCAGUUGGAAGUGUGUAAACGAAGCACUUACAUUCACAAAACCAAAAGAAAAUUCCAUAUUGGUGUCAUCGCUGGAGGUAGAUGAAGUUGUCUCACCGUGAUGCUAAAGCUCUACAGCCGCAGCUUUGUCAGACUGCCAAAGGUGUCUUCUCCGGACCCUCUCGAAAAAGUCACUGAUUUAUUUAUUCUUAUUUAUUCUUUUUUUUUU